UAAGCGUGUGGUCCGUCUUUUCCUAAUGACAGUGUCUUUUGUUCAUAUUCUAUUAUUACUCUUCGCUAUUGACUCAGAGUUAACUACAUGGACUGCAGGGCAAAUGUGUAAAUAUCAUAGUACUUGUAUGUACAGACAAUGUAUGCGUUGCGUGUGCAACUACAAAUAGUCAACAGUUAUGAUGCUUAGCAUCACCGAUUUGCAAACACUUGAUCAAUCCGAUACUUGCUGCUGUUGUGUUGUUGUUUUUUGGAAUACCAACUAUUUUUCAUAUGCUUUGGCGCAAAUAUUUAUCAUCUACACCGAAACAUGUCUACUUGAUGGCGCGCUAUUGCUGCGAGACGCUGCGCAGGCGCUUUGCAGUAAACAAAGUUACAACGGCCUUGCCGGAGUGCCAGUUAAUGUUUGACUUUGGCGCGUAGCUCACGCAAGCUUUCGCAACGACGGCAAUAAGUUUUUAAUAAAUUUAAUAAGGGAUACCAAAAAUUUGCAAAAAGACGAUCAGUGAAUUUACAGUGAUUUUUAAUAAGAGAAAAUAAUUUUUUUUUUUUACUAAACAAAAUUUAGACGAAAUAAAACCACCGAAUUCACGCACAAAAUGCACAACAGUCACCAAAUCAUUAGCCUUUUCAUAUAUCUCAUGGCACAAAUACUUGUCACCUCAAGCACACCGUUGCCCACAAUCGAAACCUUAGGACCAAUCACGGCAUGGGACUAUGCGCAACAACCCAAUGAAAUUUUACCCAUCCAGCCUUUACUACUCUAUCCGAUUCCACGAAACUUGCAGCUCCAAGGACGUGAACUCGACGACGACGACGAGGUAAUUUAUGUGAAACUACUUAAGCGCAAAGCAUACCGCCCAGCGAAGCAGCAUUCCAACGAAAUGGAAGAUGAGAGCAAUGGGCCACGUGAGCUCACCAUGAAGGAUAUAUUCUACGUGAAAGCGCUGACCAAUGGACAGUUCAGUCAUCAGCGCCUCAAAUUGUAUCGACAACCGGAAUUCUACGCGAUAAGCGUAUUCCGCAAAGGAGCGAAACUGUGAACACUUCUGUUAUAAGCAAACCUCUGCAGGAAAGCUGUAAUUGAUUAAUUGUACUUUAUUUCUAUUUUGUAGAUGAUUAGUUUUAAGUGCUGACUUAUUGUGAUUGAUUUCUUAAUUAUAAACAUAUAUAUUUAAAUAAAUAAAUAUUUGAGUAUAUAAGCCAA